AACCCACACUCCUGCUGUCUGCCAACAGGUUGUAUGUACUCGUGGCUCCAGACCUUCUCCUUCCAGGCCUGCAGCCAGGAGGUCCUCUCUACAGCUAGCCCAGGUGGAGGCUACUCCUCCCUGAAUGGAAUCCGCAUCUUUAGCCUUCUAUGGAUAAUCUGUGGACACACUGUCCAGCUCAGCGCCUGGAACAACCUAGAUAAUGAAAAGAGAUGGAAAGGGACAGUGGAGAAAAACCCUCUGCAUGUGUUUGCCUUCAGUGGACCUGUUUAUCUGGCUGUGGAUACCUUUCUGCUCCUAGGAGGUCUUUUGAGUGCAAGGUCCCUGCUGGGGUCCAUUCAGAGAGCGGAGGACAAACUGAGUCCAGGUCUGGUGGCCAACUUCCUCUUCAAAAGGUUUAAAAGAGUCCAGCCGCUGCACCUCUUCAUCGUGUGUCUCGCUAUCGGCCUCUUCUCCGUGGUCCAGAGAGGUGCAUUCUGGUUCAUCGCCGAGGAUGAGAUCAUCAACUGUAAAAAGUACUGGUGGUCCAACCUGCUACUGGUCAACAACCUCUUCACCAUCACUGACAUAUGUGCUCCAUGGACCUGGUAUCUGUCCCUGGAUUUCCAGUUCUAUGCAACAACCCCCCUGCUCAUCUACCUCUAUAGGCUGAACAAAGGAGUUCUGGUUGGUGUGGCUUCAGCUCUGCUGUUUCUGUCCAGUCUGACUAGCGCUGUUCUCACUGCCCUACUGCACCUCCCAGUUCACCAGCCUACCACACUAAAAUAUGAAAACUACUUCCAGUAUUACUACAAUAAACCCUACACCAGAUACGGGCCCUACCUGAUCGGGAUCCUGGCAGGGAUAAGCAUGACAACUAAGAAAGGCCACCUUUUAAAACAUCAGUGGCAGGCUGCAGUAGGUUGGUUCUGCUGCCUGUCAGUCAUGGCGAUAUUGGUAGGAUUGGCCUAUGUCCUCCGGGAUGUCCCACCCCAGCCGUCCGCGCCUCACGCCCUCUACCAGGGGAUCCAUCGCUCCCUCUGGGCCCUGGCCGUGGCCUGGAUCAUACUGGCCUGUGAGGAGGGAUAUGGAGGAUUUGUUGAUAACCUCCUGUCACUAAAUCUGUGGGUUCCUCUGUCCAACAUCAGCUUUGCCUGUUACCUGAUCCAUCCUGUUCUUAUUAUACUAUACAACGGCAAACAGGAGACUCCUAUACACUACACAGACAUGAACUUUUUCUAUCUGUUCCUGGGUCACAUGAUUCUGACGGUGGUGAUUGGCUAUGUGCUGACCGUGUUGGUGGAAAAGCCCUACCUCUUCCUCAGGGGCAGUAAGACUUAAGGACAUGACCCCCUCGACCCUCCUCCUUUAGGACAUGACCCCUAGACCCGCCUCCUCUACAACAUGACCCCUACACCCUCCUCCCUACGACAUGACCCCUCCUCCCUACGACAGGACCCCUAGACCCUCCUCCUCUACAACACUCCUGUAGAUCUGAAAGGAUUGGAUAGCUGUGAGCAGUAUGGCCAUAAAUGAAAGGAAUGAUGUAUGGGCUGAUUUAUAAAGAUGACUGUAUUCAUUGUAAGAUGGAAGAUGUGCGGUGUAAAUGAUUGUAUAAUUUGCCAUGUAUAAAAACUGAAACAUAAAGUCUGAACAGAGUGGUAUGUUAGAAUGUAAUACUUUCUGUGGUUAGAAUGUUUAACGCUGACUGUAGUAUUGAGGUACAAUGUUACUUGUGAAGCCAAGCAGUGUAAGAAGAGCUCUUCACUAGAUACAUAAACAUACAAAGGCCAUUUCCUCAAAAGUGAGUUUACAACUUGAUCAACUUUCAAAGCAGAAUUACUUUUCCAUUGUUCCUCAAAUGCUGUGUAUGAUAAACCAUUUUGCUG